AUGUAGUGAAAAGGCAAACCAAAUAAUCGACGUCAAACAUGUCAGACAAAUUUGAUGGUGGAAAAGUGUCAGGGAAACAAUUGUGGUCGGUGUUCGUUGUAUAGAAUUGAUCCGCGGUUGCCGAAUGGAUUUCACAUAUCGAGAUCACAGUGUUCGAUUAACAAUUGGACGGCAAAACAUACACAUUUUAAUCAUGCUGUGAAGCGUAAAGGAAAUUCUUAAAGAUAAAUGCCGGACAUAGCUCCUUUGAUGCAUUCUAUCACCGCCUUUCACUUAUCUUUGAAUCUCCCAUAAAGGUGUUAUUAUCGCUUGCGGAUUUCCUUAUGCAUAUUAGUUUUAACAUAGAAUUCUGUGCCAGUAUUUUUUGGAAAAAUGAAGUGAUUGAGUCGAGUGUUUGGAAUUGCCUUUGAAGUAUGGGAGCCCAGCAGACUAAAGAGCGCUCUUCUGGUGGAGUGGGGCCUGGAGGUAUAUCUCCAGCUGGUGGUAGUAAUUUUGGGGCCGGAUCAACCCUUCGAGCAAGCCGUAUAAAGCCGCGGUCUCAGAAAGAAAGUCGGGGCACGGGAUCCAACAUUUUCACGGAGCACAGUGGUAAGCCUUGUCAAAAAGCGCUACUUCAGUCGCGACCACUUCCCAAUAUUCCGCCACCUGGAACAUCACCCGCUUUGACUGAUACUGAUAUCAUUCUACAAGACGGGUCAGUACAUGCGGCGCAGAAUUCAAAUCCUGGAACAGGUUCUCUAUCCGGUUUUGAGAGCGCACACCGUUGGACUUCGAAGGAAAAUUUGCUUGCUCCAGGACCAGAAGAAGAUGAUCCACAGUUGUUCGUAGCGCUAUAUGACUUUACAGCAGGAGGAGAAAAUCAACUGAGUUUGAAAAAAGGGGAGCAAGUGCGCAUACUGUCGUACAAUAAAUCUGGAGAAUGGUGUGAAGCACAUUCAGACUCUGGGAAUGUGGGAUGGGUCCCAUCAAAUUAUGUAACGCCGCUUAAUUCGUUAGAAAAACAUUCUUGGUAUCAUGGUCCGAUAUCUCGAAAUGCGGCAGAAUAUCUCCUUAGUUCCGGAAUCAAUGGUAGCUUCCUAGUUCGUGAAAGUGAAAGCUCCCCAGGACAAAGAAGUAUCAGUCUGAGGUAUGAAGGGAGGGUUUAUCAUUACCGCAUUUCUGAAGAUUCUGAGGGGAAAGUGUAUGUAACAUCAGAAGCAAAGUUUAACACGUUAGCUGAGCUAGUGCAUCAUCAUAGUGUACCACAUGAAGGGCACGGCUUAAUAACGCCGCUAUUGUAUCCUGCACCGAAACAAAAUAAACCAACGGUUUUUCCUCUCAGCCCUGAACCAGAUGAGUGGGAAAUUUGCAGAACAGAUAUAGUUAUGAAACAUAAGUUAGGUGGCGGUCAGUAUGGGGAAGUGUAUGAAGCUAUCUGGAAACGAUAUGGCAAUACAGUGGCUGUGAAAACACUGAAAGAAGAUACAAUGGCACUAAAAGACUUUCUUGAAGAAGCUGCUAUAAUGAAAGAAAUGAAACAUCCGAAUUUAGUUCAACUGAUUGGUGUUUGCACCCGGGAACCACCUUUCUAUAUUAUUACCGAAUUCAUGAGCCACGGUAACCUGUUGGAUUUUCUUCGAUCAGCGGGUCGUGAGACUUUAGACGCCGUAGCUUUACUUUAUAUGGCAACACAAAUAGCAUCGGGUAUGAGUUAUUUAGAAUCUCGGAACUAUAUUCACCGUGAUCUGGCUGCAAGGAAUUGUUUAGUCGGAGACAAUAAAUUAGUCAAAGUGGCCGAUUUUGGUCUUGCAAGGUUAAUGCGUGAUGAUACUUACACUGCUCAUGCUGGUGCCAAAUUCCCAAUAAAAUGGACCGCUCCUGAAGGAUUAGCAUAUAAUAAGUUCAGCACGAAAUCGGAUGUAUGGGCUUUUGGCGUUCUUCUAUGGGAAAUUGCUACAUACGGAAUGUCCCCAUAUCCAGGCAUUGAUUUGACAGACGUUUUUCAUAAACUUGAAAUGGGUUACAGGAUGGAGAGGCCACCUGGUUGUCCACCAGAAGUAUAUGAACUCAUGCGUAAUUGUUGGCAAUGGAAUGCCCAAGAUAGACCGACUUUUAAAAGUAUACAUCACGAUUUAGAGCAUAUGUUUCAGGAAUCUUCCAUCACGGAGGCUGUUGAGAAACAAUUAAAUGCAUCACAAUGUACAUUGACUCCUCAAAUGGGUAAAAAAGCACAGAUGAGUUCGCAUCCAAUCGCGCAUGAUCAAUCGACUGUUAGCUUACAAGAAUCCGGAUCCUCUACAAGAUUGUCUACGUUCUCAACUCAAGGAAAAGGUAACGUGCAGAUGCGGCGAACAACCAACAAACAGGGAAAACAAGCACCGGCACCACCGAAAAGGACAAGCCUUCUUUCAACUAGCCGGGAUUCAACUUAUCGGGAUGACGACACACGUAACAUCGAUGAACAAAAUACUAAUGAUUUUCAUUUUGUCAAUAGAACUGAUUCAGAAAAUGGAACUGCAGACUUACAAUCGAGUUUAGAUAUGGAAUUUAAUCACAACAAACAACAGCCGGGUAACGAGCGGCAAAAAACGCAACAUAGCUCCUUUAAGCGACCAACACCUGUGAUGGGAAAUAGAGGCUUAGAAACUAGAAAUAGUAAGAGAUCACCACACCCAUCGAAAUCAAUAGAACAUCGUCAGCACACAUCUACAGUACAACAAAUGACCGUGGGCGCUUUAGAGGUUAUGAAUGUGAAGCGUGCUAUAAAUAGAUAUGGAACUUUACCGAAAGUCGCUCGCAUCGGAGCCUAUUUAGAAAGCCUCGAGCAAAAUGAUAUAGAUUCAAACCAAGCAAGUAAUUCCCUUAAUCAAGAAACUGUACCGCCUCCGCCCCCUCCACCAAUUUUGGCAGACGCAAAUGGUAUUUUGUCAAGGAAUCACAGUGGUUAUAAAACUCAGCCACAAAUGAUCAGAAGCAAUUCUUCUAGUGGUGUAACAAUGGCUAAUAAUGCAACUGCAAGUCUGAAUAAACUUCAGCGACAUAGAACUACCGCAGAUGGCACAAUGAUAACUUUUUCAUCAUUCCGUGCUACCAGCAAUAGUCCAAAACGUUCUCAGCAGCCAACAUUAGCAGAUCUCGAAUUUCCUCCUCCGCCAUUAGACUUGCCGCCUCCACCAGAAGACUUUGAAUAUAAACCAGACGCCGAUCAGUAUUCUGACAAGAGCAUGCUACCUGCUUCAUCGACGACUUUUCCACCGCCUACUCCUGUGAAUGACGUCUCAAACACGGCUCCCAGCGUUGAAGAGGCAAGCUCGAGAUUUGGUGUAAGCCUUAAGAAAAGAGAACCAUCGACGGAUUCUUGCAGCUCACUUGGGACUCCGCCAGAAAGCUGUGAUCCUAACAAGCUAGAAAUGAAAUUAAUGGCUGAAAUAAAAGAACGAACAGAGCAGAAGAGGGAAAAUACUAAAACUAUCAGCGAUGCGAAUAAAGAACAUGAUAAUUCUGUGGAUCCAGUGUCGCAGUUAGUUUCAGAAUUGGCGGAAAGUAUGAAUUUAUCAAAACAAGAGAAAGACAGCAGGAAGUGUCAAUCCGCCAUGGCAAACAAUUCGAGUUUGAAUUCGGCUUUGGUGCAAAACACAGCGUCCUUCAAAGCUCAAUUGAAAAAAGUUGAACCGAAGAAGUUUUCACAUUCUCAAAAUGAAUUCAAUGCAAUAAUUGAUUUUAAAUCACGUCUGCGUAAAGUUGAUAACAAUCAUGAGUCGCAACAAGAAAGCGAUGAUAUGAGUAACCGCUCUUGUGAUAAAGACAACCAAUGCUAUAAUAAAAAGCAAAAUGAAUGUUCAGAUAACAAGCGUAAGGCACAGUUGCCUCAAAAAGAAUUGAAAAAGACUGAAAUAAAAAUUGAUAUAAUUCAGACGCAGGAAAAAAGCCGUGAAAAUAUAGCGGGCAGUUCUCUUAAGAUUGAUUCGAGCGAAGAAGAUAAUAAACGCCGGAGUACAGGGAGCAUAAGCAGUUUGAAAAAGCUAUGGGAAGCAAAAGAAGUUCCCGCGGAGUCGCAAUCUCAACUAUCACCGAAGCUUGGGUUGAAAAGUAAUAAUAGCAAGACGGUAAGCAUCAGUGAAGACGGUAGCGAAGUGAAUACAAUACUAGAUGAAUGUCAAAGCAGUAACAAGAAGCCUGCAAUUCCUUUGAAACCCACGAAACUUACUAUCUAUGCAACUCCAAUGACUCAAAAAAUUACUCAGAAUUCUGACGCUAAUGUGAACUCUAAUCAAAAUUCCAUAUCGCAAACAACGACAAACUUAUCUGGUUCGACACCGCCAAGCAAUCGUGAAGGCAUUUUAGAGUUAGUAUCGCUUUUAGAGAUAAACUUAAAAAUACCUAUAAAUUCAAUUACGGCUUCACAGUGGCUUCAAUUAAGUGAUCGGUUAAAUAUUUUGCAAAACUCUUGUGUUGUCUUUGCGGAAAAUGAAUCAAUGCCUCCUCAUCUGAAAUUCCACUUCAGAGAGUUGAUAAAUAGGGUCGAAACCCAGUCACGAUCAUUACGUUCUGCCGGAAAUAAAAACGUCCAAGACAACGAACGAUUGGUUUCAGAAAUAAACCAGUCGUUAAAGCAAAUAUCAAAUGCUUUGCACAGAUAAAUUGGCAGUAUUCUCUUAUUAACGAAGUUCAGUUUUCAGUGGAGUACACCUUAUUUGAUGAUCGUUGUACGAUUUUCAAUCUAGUCAAAACCUUAGAACAGGUUCUAUAAGAUGAACGAUUGCAGCCAGUUACAGCGAUAAUUACAACGGGUAAAUUUUCCAUAUGUCUUUUGAAGUUUUAUUAGGCAAACGACUAGAAGGAACUCAGGAGGUUUUGGAAAGGAUAUUUUUAAUACCGUGUAGUAGUUUUGGACCCGAUUGCUUGGUAUGCAAAGGCAAUUUACUACUAUGUUUUUCUGUUCCCUUAACUAAGCUGUGAUACUCGUAAAAAAUGUUGGUUUUGAUCUCUCUAAAUUUGAUUUUUUUUCUACUUACGUUCAUCGGGCCCAUCACAAAAUGCUAUCCAAAUAAGAAACAAAUAGUUGCACACUUGAAGUUCUAAUUGAAAAAAUGUAAAGUAAUGUACACGGUGAGAGGGAAUAUAUCUUUAUUGUACAAGAAAUACAUUUUUGAUAACUAUGGGGUCUAUGGGUUUGUACGCUGCUGAUGUGGGGUAUCAUGAUUACCAGAUUUAUGUUGCAUCGUUUUUUUGCCUUCGGGAAAAAGUUCAAGGUAAAAUGGUAAGAAUUGGAUUAUCAUUCCUCUGUUGAAGUUUUACCGUUGAUUGAUAUUUACGCAGUUAUUUUUCAAUGACACCUUUUAUAUAUUUUACAAUCUUUGAGUCUAGAGUGUCAUCAUUAUCCCGCAGAAAGUUAGCUUCUGAGUCUCUGGGUUUACCAUAAUGUUUUCGAAACAAACUGCCAUUUCAUUGAACUACCUAGAGAGAAGUGGUCAAUAAGUGCAUAUCAAAUGAUAUAGGCAUUUCGAAGAGUUAUUUUUCCAAGAGCGCACCCAAUUUUAACUUAAAGUGUGAUUCACUUAUCUGUUCAAAUAUAUUUAUUUAUUUACAAGGAAUAGAAAUCUCAAAAUAUAGCGUGACUCUUGAUAGAAUGAGAGACAAAAUAAGAUAUAAAGUGUAUUCAGCUGAAAUAUCGAUGUCGUCGUAAAGAUAGUUUAAGACAUUCCAUUAGGAUUUUAUCUUCGGUUUAACUAUGGGGCGAGUCAUAUGCCCUGCUUAUUAAUUUAAAUGACUGAGCUUUAAACUAUACUUGAGGUGAAGACAUACGACAGUUGCUUCGAAAUCUGUUUUAGACCAAACAGUAUUAGGGCAUCCUAAGCUGAUGCCAAAUUAUGAUAUGAUCACUAUUAAUCCCCUGAUUAAAUUAUGGCACUCGGUUGCUUAGUUCUUAAUAAGCUUCGUAUUGAAAACCUAUCUCUAUUAUUCUUCCCUCCAAGUCACCAUCCUAUAAUAAAUAGGUUAGUCAUUCAUCCCGAGAUUGUUUUUAAAAAUGACAAGGACAAAUUUGAUACAUAUCAUUGAAGAUUUCAGUAUUACCUGGUUUUAUGAUAGUUUCUUAUCGGACUUAUUUAAGUUCCUGUUGAAAUUUAUAUUUGAAAAUGGUUUAUUUUUACUUAUUUGACCGCGAGCUUACCUUACCAUCCUAGAAGUGCAUGCAAAAGCAGCGGUCAAACUUUAGCAUUCAAAAUUUAUUCUUACCAUUUGAGAUUUUUCAUAGAACAUGUUUGCAUAGAACAAAUUUGAUGCAACAAUUGAAACAUUUAUUUUUCAGUUGAUCGAAAUACUCUUUUCAGCUAGAAAUAGAACGUGAUUCUAUCUAAUGGCAUAUUACUGUCAUAAGGAAAUAUCAGAUUUGUAGAUUCCAAAGUCUCCACUCAGCAGGUACUUCCCCAGAUUUAUAAAUACCUAAGAUGUUUUGUGUAACGGUCGAUGAUUAAUGGGCAUACAUCGUACCUUUUGUUUCCAAAUACACUUUCCUGAAUAAAAAUUCUCGGAGCUGGUGAAUCCCUUAGCACACUGAAGUCUGGAAUUGUGAGCAAUAAACAUAAGCGAUCAUUAACAGCAGUUAUUUUUUACAAACACUUUACUGCAUUUUGCAGUGUUCAUUGUUCAAAGGGAAAGAGUCAGAUUUUUAAUAUUGUCGAUCUCACAUUAUUACUUGAAGCAUGAUUAUGUAAUUGCAUGUGUUCCAACAAACUAUCGAAAAUUCAUUCCUUUUUCUUGUGAUUUGUAACCCGAUGAAAUUCAGAAAAUUUUGAAAUUUGCUCAAUUGAAAAUAGCUUUUACUUAACUUUAUGCAAAGUCAUAAAUGGCAUGGGCAUCUCAACGAAGCAAUGGCUAUAAAUGCAAUCGCAAUAUCAUACUAGAGUUUCCGAAGAUUUUUGUAAAACAGUCUGCGAAUAAAUUUACCUUUGUUUCUUAACUAUAUUUAUGAGGGAUAGUUAAGAUGAUGUUUCAGAAGCUAGUCGCCAUUGUAAUAAGAAGUAUUUGCAAGUUUGGCAUUAUCUACAACUGCCUAGUACAUGAUAUACCCGGACAACUAGAACCCUCGUAUCGAAGUUAAAUAUUAAAGUAAAAAACUGCAAUAGCCCGUAAUCUUCAUAAUAUAUCUUAGUCAUAAUUACAUAUAUGUCUAAUCGCUUCGUAAUUGUAAAAAGAUUAAAAAGUGGAAAACUUUCAUACCCAAAGAUAUUAUAUGAUAGUAAUUGAUUGCAAACUCACUACUAUAUUCUACUCAUUAAAGUAAAAAAUUAGGCUUGCUCUUUUUUGUAUGGAUAUAAAAAGAAGACACUCAAAUAUUUAUUCUAAAGUAUUUAAAGUACGAUAAGCAACGAUGUUUUUUACUAUCAAUAAAUAUAAAGAGAAAAUAAUUUC